CCUCAUUCUUGUUGGUUCCACAUUUUCUCCGCACUACCAAUGCUGACAACGUUCAGCAAAGAAAAUUUUGUGAAUUCCUUAUUUACAUCGAACGAAACCGGCUAAUUUAGUGUUUAUUUGCAAUGAUGCUCAGCGAAGGAGCGGUCGUCCUGGACGAUCUGCACCAUCAGAUAGAGGAAACAAUCCACUAUUGCUACGUGUGCAAUACGCCCGUUUCCAACAGCACAAACAAUCUCUGCCAUCUGUUUCCCAUAAUGAACGAAGACGAGGAAGCCCUCAGCCCUGCCACAAUUCUUGCCAAUAUGCUGCAGUUGGACAUCACGCCGGAGCUUUCCCACUCGCAAGCCAUCUGUCUGCAGUGCAAUCUGCUGUGCAACGAGUACCAACAGCUGCUGGACCGAGUGGAUUCCAUAAAACUACAAAUUACCGUUAGCUAUAAUAGUACCGUGACCAAGCUAGCGGCUAGUCUAACCGCCAAGGAACUGGUGGAAGCCGAAGCCGAGGCACUUGACGAUUCCAGCAUGUCGCAAGAUUUGGUUCUUCACGACACGGAUUCGGAAAUGAUUGCCAUUCCCCUAGGUGACCUAACUUCCGUUGUUCCGGUCUCAGCGGGUUUAACCCUAGAAUCAGACUCGGAUGCACCUUCCGAAUCGAUCAUUCCACAACUGCCGAAGCUUCACCUCAUUCCUCGACAAAUCGAAAGCACAGAAUCGAUUACGCCGGCAACGAAAAACAACUCACGUUCAAUCAUCAAAGUGAUGCCUAAACCUUCGACGGAUACUUCGUUGGCCACCGUCACUAGCAGUAGCAGCAGCAGUGCCAUGAGAAACGAAGUCGACAUCAGUGAGGUUCCUUCGACGGCCAUCACAAUGGAACAGUUCUUCGACGGCGGCGAUGGAAAUAUGGUGGAGAUCAUAACCGAUGCCAAUUCGACGGAUUACAUCUACGAAAACGUAAUCGAAACGAUCGGAGUGCACGAGGACGAUGAUCCCGGUGAUGAUGGUAACGACGGCAUUUUGAUUCUCAAAGGGAGCAGCAGACCGUCGAUAUCGGAGUCGACGAUGGACGAUGAAAGUCAGCAGCACAUAGAAAGUGCACAGUCCGAAAAGAGCGCGGAGUUUACGAUGUCGGAUCAAGCUUUUGGGCAGGAAGCGGAUCCCGAUAGUGCACAGAUUUUGAUUGCCGCGGCGAACGAGAGUCUGAAUCGGAUGAAAGCGAAAUUGGAAUCGCUCUUCAUCAAAACCAACAACAAUUACUACUGCGCCUUGUGCAGUGCCAACGGGGGCCCCUCUACAGCCCACAACGUGAAAACCGUUGCCAUUCAUCUGAAGAACGAACACAACGAAAAGAUCCUCAUUUGCGAGCACUGCGAUGCCGUGUUUCGCCGGCGAACCGAGUACAACCACCAUCUGGAUCAACACGUGGCCCAAGAGUUGACCGAUUUCCGGUGCGAUGUGUGCCAAACGAAGUUCAACAACAUCCGGGCCCUGCGUAUGCACCGGAAGAAUCACGUGGCCACGCCCAAGGUGUGGUCAUGCGAGGUGUGCGAAAAGAAGUACAGCUCGAAGAAUCUGCUGGACGAACACAUGAACAUGCACUCGGGGAAACGGCCGUUCAAGUGUUCGCUGUGUCCCAAGGACUUCGCCUCCAAGUACACCCUGACAGCCCACAUGAAAAUUCACCAGGACCGGGAACGCCUGUACAGCUGUAAAGAGUGUGGCAAGGGUUUCUACAGCCAGAACAAUCUCAUCCAGCACGAGAAAAUUCAUUCCGGCGUUAGGGAUUACCGUUGUCCGGACUGUGGGAAAACCUUCAUGUCUCAGCAUAACCUGGACAUCCACAAGAUCGUUCAUUUGAAUUACAAGCCGUUUGUCUGUCGAACGUGUGGUAAGGGUUUCGCCCGCAAAGCGGAAAUCAAGGAUCACGAACGGACCCACACUGGAGAGCGGCCGUUCGUGUGCGACAUCUGCGAUGCCAGCUUUUCUCAGCGAUCGAAUUUGCAGUCGCACAAGCGGGCUACCCACUUCAACGACAAACGGUACAAAUGCGAGACUUGCAGUCGAUGUUUCAAACGGCGCCGACUGCUGGACUAUCACAUAAAGGCCAGCCACACCGGCGAGCGUCCGUACAAGUGCGACAUCUGUGCAGCAACCUUCGUCUAUCCGGAACACUUCAAGAAGCACCAGAAGAUCCACACCGGAUCGAAACCGUUCGCUUGCGAGGUAUGCAGCAAGACGUUUAACAGCCGGGACAACCGGAAUGCCCAUCGGUUCGUGCACAGCGAUAAAAAACCGUACGAAUGCGUAACCUGCGGUGCCGGGUUCAUGCGUAAACCGCAACUGUACUCGCACAUGCAGCAGCGUGGCCAUCUGAACGACACCAUCGUGGUCAAUCAGCCGCGGAUAACCAGCGAAGAUUUGCUGGAGUUUGACACAACCACCGACUCGAUCGGGGACCCGGUGGAGUUCGAGUCCAAGGACGGUAUCAUACUGGAGGAGGAUAUCGAAGGGGCGCACAUUCUGAUGCGGGAUGAGUACUACAUCGAGGAAGAGGACAUCGAAGAAGAGGAAGAAGAACAAGACGAACACAGCCAGAUGGAUGGUGCGGUGCCCGGUACUUCCAGAGAUGGGAUGGUCGCAAACACGCUUCAACUGGGCGAUGCCGGGGAGCUUUCCGAGUCGACUGCGUUACUGGCAUCCAGUGCAGGGUUCAUUGAAGAGUCGGACAUCAUCAGUCACGAUGGGGACGACGACGACGACGAUGAGGGACUUCAGAUGAUGAAGCUGAAAAUAGCGAAUCCAAAUGCGGCCGAUGGAAUAACGUGGGUUAAUUUUGUGUCGGAGUAAUGAGCUUGAGGAUGGAUUGGAUUUGAUCCAGAGAUAUCUCUAAGCAAAAUGUGUGUUCUUAGAAAAAUAAAUUGUACAUAAAUAA